AUUUAUUAGUCAGUACCUACAAUAUUGUAACUGCCCAUAUCUUUUAUCCAAUCAGUGUUGCGUUUUUACCUGACCAUGUGCAUCCAACCAAUUACCUCAUUCAAUAACAUAUUAUAUAAGAAAAAAUUUUUGUUUUAAAACGUCAAUAGUAGAUCUAGAACAUUUUCACAAGAGAUCUAUAAAAUUAAAAUCAUAUUGCAAAAGUGGACAAAUAAAUAAAAUCAUUUAUUUAACCUCUUUCAAGAUACUAGUACAUAAUACGUAUACAUUCAGUUAGGUGUUAAAAAAUAGGCUAAAAAAUCAAAUAAGAAAAUUCAAUUAUUUUCUUUUCGCAUUUCAAAAUUCGUCGCUGAAGAUAUUUAAAAAAACAUGGAUUCUAUCGAAAGUCAAAAAUAUACUACCUACGAGGAGAGAUUAUGUACUUUCAACGAAUGGCCUUCGGACAAGCCUCAAAUACAAGCAGAAUUAGCUGAGGUAGGAUUCUGGUAUACUGGAGAAAACGACCGUACAAAGUGUUUUUGUUGUCAGUUAGAGUUGGAGGAUUGGGAACCAAAUGAUUCUCCGUUGCAAAUACACGAAUACUGGUCUUCUAAAUGCAACUAUCUUAAAAAUAAUAAAGGAAUUUUUACCAAAUUUCCGAAAUAUAAGAGCUUAGAAUCAAGAUCAAAUACUUUCGAUGUUUUAUCGGAGUUAAAAGCAAAUGUAAAAACACAAUUAGCUGAUGCAGGAUUCUUUUACAAUGGAAAAGACAAUGAAACUUUGUGUUUCCAUUGUGGCAUAAAAUUGCCAAAUUGGGAAACGGAAGAUAAACCAUGGAAUAAACAUUUAGAACGUAAUUCUAACUGUAAAUAUCUUACAAAUAAUUCUGAAAAAUUUAUUCAAUUUCCGAAUUAUCAGAGCUACGAAUCGAGACUAAGUACUUUCGAUACUUGGCCAACUUCAAAAUCACAAACAAAAGAACAAUUAGCUGAAGCAGGAAUUUUCUACAACAGAAACAGCAAUGAAACUUGUUGUUUUUAUUGUGGCAAAGACUUGAAAAAUUGGCAUCCGAAUGAUGUACCGUGGCUUAAACACUUCGAUCUUAAUCCUAAAUGCGAAUUUGUUAAAAAUCGCCAGAAUCUAGUUGUAUAUCCAUUAUAUCAGAACACUGAAUCAAGAUUAAACACUUUUGGCACUUGGCCAACAUCAAAAUCAAAAAUAAAGGAACCAUUAGCUGAAGCAGGAUUUUUUUAUACUGGAAAAAGUGAUACAACAAUAUGUUUCCAUUGUGGAUUAGAAUUACAAGAUUGGACGAUGAAAUGUGAUCCGGAUGUAAGACACAUCUCACAAUUUUAUAUGUGUAAAAAUCUUUUACAAAGAAUUUAAUAAUAACAAUGAUCAGAAAAAAUACCAGAUCUAACCAUGGAACAAAUAACAUUCUUGGAUAAUAUUUUAGUACAACAUGUAGUAACAUCUAAUAGUGUAAAAUAUACACCUUGCGUGGACAAUUUUAUAAUUGUCAGUCGCAUAUUUCCCGGCAAUAAAUAAGUAUUAAUCAUGACCCCAUGGAAGGGUUAUAUACCACACGCAGCGAUGAAGUUAUAUGCAUGCUUUGUCUUUUGUUCUCGAGAUAUUCUGAACAAUCGAUGAUCUGAUUUAUAUAACACUCAUAUAACCUUACAUAACAUA